UUGAACCACGUCCAUCUUAUCAUUUUCUUUCUCAGAAAAAAACAACCACCGAAAACAAACAGAACAAGAAACGGAGCCCGCGGGUUGCGUCAUGUCGGGGAAAGGGCGAUAUUGAACCACAAUUGACAUGUGAGAACAGUAAACUUAAAUGCGACUUUCCCGAACUGAGAAAAUGCGAUCUUAAUGCUGUGAGAAAAGCUUGGGCUUGUGGUGGUGAAGAUACAGUUAUGACUAGAAAAUUUGAUAUAGCUCUAACGAGAUCGGACAUGCACAGUUUAAAAGAUGGUGCCUGGUUAAAUGACAAAAUCAUUGAUUUUUAUUUGGAAAUGAUUGUGGAACGCAGUAAUAACGGCCCAGGACCAAAAUGUUUUGCAUUUAACUCACACUUCUACCUCCAGUUGAAACAACGUGGGGCUGAUGAAGUGGAAGAUUGGAGUGGAUGUACCGAUAUUUUUCAUAAAAAUUUAAUAUUUGUGCCAGUUUUCGACAAUAAUAACCACUGGACUCUGAUAAUAGUAAAUACGAAAACUAAAACAAUAAAAUUUUAUGAUAGUAAAGGUUCUAGAAAUAGCGUGGCUCCCACAUUGGUCCUACGUUAUCUGGUUGUGGAACACAUGAACAAGAAAUCUGCAUGUCUAGAUUGGAAGCGAUACCAGAUGGUUCCAAAUGCGCCUACACCGCAACAGAUGAAUGACUCUGACUGCGGAGUAUUUCUGUUGACGUUAGCGGAGUUCAUGAGCAGAAAUCGGCCAUUGGUUUUCUGUCAAAAUGAUAUGCCGUAUUUGAGAAAGAGAAUUGUUGCGGAAAUUAUGAUAGGAAAACUACUCACAAGUUUUACUUGUCUGGAUAGCGAAAACACCAGCUAGUUCUGCGCAACGCCACUCUUCAAGUGUAACAAAUCCAGUGGUGUCUUUGUUUUUUGUUCAGUUUAUAAAUAGAGAUGCGACUUGUGCAUAAAUUUAGGAUGAAGGAAAAGUAGCUGCCGAAUAUUACCUCAAGGAUAUAACAGAAUUGUGAAACCAUCUCGGGAAGUAAUAAAGAUAUAAUUUACA